GUUCUUCCCGAAGUGAUCAAUUGUUGCAGUCAAAUCCACGCUUACAUCCAGGUUCUUUUGAGAAGGUUUGCUCCAAGCAACAGCCUAAGCGCAUAUUUCCUCUCGCCACCUCGCACUUCCUUCUCCUCCCAUUCAACCCCCAUGCCAGAGCCCACGCAUCGUCGCACAGCCUCGGAGCUGGACAUGAGCUCCAUGCGCCGCAUCAGCGACGCGCUACUGCUGGCCCAGAACCGCGCACGGCGCGCCACGGACCGCGCAAAUCAGGCCGAACAGUGCGUCCUUUCACGGCUUUCUGAUAAUCGAUGGCAUCGUCUCAUCCCUUGUGCUGUUGCAGCGUGUUGGGCCUUGUGCUAAACCAAGUGGACGUCCCCCGACUCCGCGUAGACUCGCUGGCCGACUGGGAGAUGCUACGCGCUGCCGUGGCCUCCAACCCGCUGCCACGACGAAGAACCGGCGAUGUGUUGGAACUCAAUAAUUCAGACGACGCGUCAUCUGUGUCUUCGUCUUCCUGCGUUGAAGACGCUGCCAAGGAUGUGGUGACCAACUUGAGCGCUUCCAUGAGCUGUCACAAGCGCUAUGUAGAGCAGUUGACGCUACCCACAGUCCAUUUUUCGCUCUGGAGUUACAAGGACGGAGGUUUCUUUAGUUCCCUGCACUUCAUGGCUGGUCUUCUGGUUGGAGUCGUAGUAGGCGUCGCGGUGACUAAGCAAUGGCAGCUUCAGUUUGUGCACACACGAGAGGAGAGUCCAUCGCUCUUCUCCAAGUUGGCAAAGUGGUGCAGUCGACGAGCUCCAGCACCCGGUACGCCAUGGCAUCUCAUCCCGCUGCCGAUGGACGAGUACAGCUACCUCAUGCAUCCCGCGACAGUUGAGGUAGCUUGAGGCAUGAGGUUCAACACAAUAGGACAGAAAAUGUAUGCAAGAAGGCACAGUGACUCGACUCUGGAUAAACUGCAGUACUCUUUGAUACCGAUUUAUACCGAAUACAUGUAGAUUAUAAAAACCCA